CGCCUCCUCCUUUUCUUCUUCUUCUUCUUCUUCUUCUUCUUGAUCAUCAUCUUCUUCUCUGGUGGCUCGAUUCCCUCGCUGAGAGCACGCCGAUGAUUGCGACUCCUCUCAUGAUGUGAGCCACCAGCAUCCCUCCCCUCCAUCCAUCCAUCCAUCCAUCUAUCCUUCCAUCCCUCCUCAUUCUGCUCCUGCUGCCACUGGAGCAGGCUUUCCUUCCUCAGGCUACACCGGGGAAGAGGAGUCCCACACGAAAGAGUUAGGUGGAUUUUUGGGAAGAUUCUUUCUGUUCUCGUGGCGGCGGGGAGGUUUGGAGAAGCAACAUAUGUAACUGGAGUUUGAGUGGAGCAUCUUUUUUUUGUUGUUGUUGUUGCGUGGAAUCUUCCUUUAAAGUGUACCAGGAGAUUUUAAAGAUGUAGAGGGAAGACUGUGUGCUGGAACCAGGCAUUGUACUCUGAGGAAGAAGCUACCUUCAUGAAAAACUACACAACCUGCAAGAUCCAAGUCCUCAUCGGUGUUGUCUUUGCUUCAGUUGUCAAAAUGGCACUUGAUCGGUAGCUCUUUGCUACUUGUUUGACAUUUGUCCUUCUCCCAAAGCUUUCCCACUGCUGACAAUACUUAGGUAGACUUCACUUCAAUCAGACAAACCACUCCCUGCAAUGGAUCGCCUGUGUCCGGGUGAAGGCGUGAGCCGGACGCAGGCCCUCGUCGGCAAACUGUAGCCAUCUGGAUUUUGUUCAACUUGCUUCCUGUGAUUUUAUUCUGGAGUUAUUCUUUAUUUGGACCAGGGAUGGAUGUACCGGAAGCCAGCAAGCAUGGCAAGAAGUCGACAAGUCAAAAGCUGGAGGACCAGAAAAAGAUUUACACAGACUGGGCCAAUCACUACCUGGCCAAGUCUGGCUGUCCACGCCUCAUCAAGGACCUGAGCCAGGACGUCACCGAUGGAGUCCUGCUGGCACAGAUCAUCCAGAUCAUAGCGAAUGAGAAGGUGGAGGAUAUCAAUGGCAGCCCCAGGAGCCAGUCGCAAAUGAUCGAGAAUGUGGACGCCUGCCUCAGUUUCCUGGACGCCAGAGGAGUGAAUGUACAAGGGCUCUCAGCAGAAGAGAUCAGGAAUGGCAACCUAAAGAGCAUCCUGGGCCUCUUCUUCAUCCUGUCGCGCUACAAGCAGCAGCAGCAACAGCAGCAGCAGUACUACCAGUCUCUGGUGGAGCUCAGCCAGCAGACCAGCAGCACCGCACCGUCCGCCAGCAGCCUCAAGACACAAGACAUGCAGUCCAGUCUCACAGCACGAUAUGCAAGUCCUCCAGGUCACGGUGGAAUAGGGUCACCGCAGAAGAAAAACACAAGGUUACCAGGGCCCUCCAGAGUACCUGCUGCAGGCAGCGGGGCAUCCAGGAGCCCAGGCUCAUCCAAUCUCAACCGUCGGAGCCAGAGCUUCAACAGCAUCGACAAGAGCAAGCCUCUUCAGUAUGCCAGUGGCAAUGAUAGAGAGGCAGUGAGAGGCAUCCCAGUACCCAGUGGGAUGAAUGGGAGUGGUAUCGGUGGGAUGGUUCCCACCAGCCUCAGUGGGCAGCAGCUGGCCUCUGCCAUCCCUUCACCCACAGCUGGAAAGUCGUGGCGCAGCAAGUCCAUGAACCUCAAGCACAGUGCCACUUCAUCCAUGCUGGCAAGCCCUACACACACCCCUUCCACCACCCCAUCGCCUCAGGCCCCGGAAGGCCUUCAGCAACAUGGAAGCGAUGGGUCAAAAGUAGGCUCAGGUGUUGCACCUCCCCAGAGGUCAAUGUUAGAGAAGUUUCGCCUGAUUAACCCUAGAUCCGCUUCAAGAGCAUCACCAUCUAUGGCGGAAAUGGCUCUACAGGAGGAAGAUGACCUGUCAGAGUACGGUGAAGAUGGAUUGACGCCUACGGGGUCGGUGUGCAGCAGUGGUAGUAGCAGUGCUACAGCCAAACAGAUGCCAACAAAGACCCCCGCGUCAUCCCUCACUGCACCGAGCAAAACGUCCUCAUCCUCCUCUUCAUUUUCAAAGACUUCUGCAAAUGGCAGCAGGUCCAUGGCCCCGAGCAAAGACAAGGAGGACAAAAGCAGGACUGGGAAAUCUGGGAAGGACAACUCUCCGCCUAAAGAGGAGCGUGAGACAUUUGCCGACUCUAGCAAGAAAUCCUCCAAAAUCGCCAGCCUCAUCCCCAAGGGAGGGAAGUCAUCAUCUGGGAAGAAAGACAGCGGUGCCCCCUCGGCUUCCAGCGGCAUCCCAAAGCCAGGACUUAAAGCUCCCUCCACGACAACGGCAAAGCCUCAGGGUCAGUCCCAGACCCAAAACCAGGCCGCCUUAAACAGCAGCGGCAACAUGCGAUCAGGAGACGGGGAGAGAGCCAAACUGACGAAAGGAGGACAGAGUGGGAGUUUUUACAUCCAGCGCUCCAUUGGGGCCCCAGAGGGCAAACGGACCAGCAUGACGUCAUCCACCAGCACCUCAGCUCUGUCCGGGUCUAGUGGGAUGCUAGGAGGAGGAGGAGGCGGAGGAGCAGCUCUUGGAGGGAAUGGAGUCGUUCAGCUUCCUCAGCAGCAGCAGCACAACCACCCCAAUACUGCCACUGUGGCCCCCUUCAUGUACAGGACAUUCUCAGAAAAUGACUGCACCAUGGUGGCCCCAGCCGACCCCUGCCUCAGCCCCACCAAGGGAGAGCUAGUCUACAGCAAGACAGCCAAACAGUGCCUGGAGGAGAUAUCAGGAGAGGACCCUGAGACGAGACGUAUGAGGACAGUGAAGAACAUCGCUGACCUGCGGCAGAACCUGGAAGAAACCAUGUCCAGUCUACGGGGGACACAGAUCAGCCACAGUACACUAGAAACCACCUUUGACACCACGGUAACCACUGAGGUCAACGGGCGGAGCAUACCAGCACUUGCCGCCCGCUCCUCCCCCAUGGCCUGGCGUCUGGGCCAAUCACAAACCCCACGACUCCAGGCAGGCGACGCCCCCUCAAUGCCCAGCGGCUACGCUGCGCCCAGGGCAGGCACAACGGGCGCUGGCACCACCACAGGGCGCUACAGUGGGCACUCGGACCCCUCCAGGUUUGUGUACAGCGCCCCCCUGAGGCGAGCAGCAGCAGCAGCAGGGGCUAAGGGGGCGGAGCAGGGAGACAAGGGAGAAGGAGGGCUGGAAGGAGGGAAGCAGAUGGAGGUGGCAGGGUACAUGAGUGAUGGGGACAUCCUAGGGAAGAACAGCCGGAUGGAUGUGAUCACCAGCGGAUACCUAACAGACGGUGGUCUCCAUCUGUAUGCACGGAACACAGGUCGAGCCUCGGAUGUAGCCUCUUCUCGGGAAAUAUCCCAGAGAGGAAGUAAAGAGAUGCAGGGUGACAUCGACAGUUGGGAUGACAGCAGCUCAGUAAGCAGCGGCCUCAGCGACACAUUGGACAACAUCAGUACCGAUGAUCUGAACACACCUGCAUACUCCGCCGUCAGCUCAUCACGCAAAAGCAAGGGAGCACAGUCCCAGAAAGGAAGCCGGUCCAAGCAUGCCGAGCAGGAGGUGAGCAGCAGUUGGGCCGGAGCCGAGGACCUGAAGAAGGUGGAGGAGGAGCUGGACGCAAGCAUGGAUCCCAGCAGUGGCUCCUCUCGCUGGAAGCCUUCCUCAUCCUCCUCUUCCUCCCAAACCCAGGGCCAGUAUGAGGACGCCGGUCAGAAGGCGGCUGCGUUGGCCCAGAUGUCCCAAACAGGUUCGUGGAGAAGGGGCAUGACUGCCCAGGUGGGCAUCACACCACCCAGGACCAAGGGUACCUCCGCUGCCCUCAAAACACCAGGCAAAACUGAUGAUGCUAAGGCCUCGGAGAAGGGCAAGGUGCCUUCCAAGAGUUCGGCUGGCAUCCAGCGCUCACCCUCAGAUGCCGGGAGAAGUAGUGGAGAUGAAGGCAAGAAACCUCCUUCUGGCAUUGGACGCCCCCCCACCACCGGCUCCUUUGGUUACAAGAAGAUCCCAGGUCCCACCGGCACACUAAUCACCUCUAGUGGUGCAACACUCGCCAGUGGAUCAGCCACCCUUGGAAAAGCGCCCAAAUCCUCAGCUGCCCUCGGCAAAGGCACAAGCAUCAGCGGUGUGCGCAAGACCAGCUUGGAUGGCUCACAGCCGCAGGAUGAUGGCAUUCUGCUCAGCUGCAGUGGCUCCAAAGUGACCCUGCAGUACCGCUCUCUACCCAGACCAGCCAAAUCCUCCAGUGGGGUGGCAGCAGGGCGCAGCGGGCAUCGCUCCAGCUCCAGCAGCAUCGACUCAAAUGUCAGUGGCAAGUCGGCAGGUGGAGCAACAACACAAGCCGGCGCCAAACGCAGGGAUGGAAAAGUAGGCUCAGACCGCUCGAGUCCCGUCACCAUCAACCAGACAGACAAGGAGAAAGUGGGAGUGUCAGAUCAAGACCCAGCAGCAGGACUGUCCACCUCCCCCAAAUCCAGCCCCACGUCCAGUUCCACAGGCCAGUCAGGCCUCAGGCAGCCUGGCUCCAAGUACCCCGAUAUUGCCUCUCCUACCUUUCGCAGAUUGUUUGGCACCAAAGCCAGCAGCAAGGCCAGCUCUCCGGGCACGCCCGACUCUGGCAAGUGCCCCUCAAUACUGGGCAGCCCCCACGGCACACUGGCGAGGCAAGCCAGUCUGGACUCGCCCUCCUCUGGCACGGGGAGCCUGGGUAGCGCUGGCGGCCUGAGCGGUGGUAGCAGCCCACUGUACGGUAAAACCCCAGAUCUGUGCACUGACUCCCCGGCCUCCAGCCCGGCCUCUGGCCUCUCCCUGCCCUCCAACGCUCGGCCCUGGCCUGCCUGUAGCUCAUCAGCUGGCAGCAAGGACACACUGAGCUGCCAAAGCAUGACCAGUCUGCACACCAGCUCUGAGUCCAUUGAUAUGCCGCUGGGCCACCAUGGGCCCAAGGUGACACGAACCGGCAGUGUCAAGUCCACCCUGUCUGAGGGCAUGCCUCUUGACAGAAACACGCUUCCCAAAAAGGGACUGAGGUACCCUCCGUCCUCCCGGCAAACGUCGCAUGAGGAAGGGAAGGAGUGGUUGAGGUCUCAUUCAACAGGAGGCCUUCAGGAUACUGGUAGUCAGUCUCCACUGUCUCCACCAGGGGCUUCCUGUACCACCACUGGAAAAUACCACUACUCCAACCUAUUGAGCCCCACCAACAUCAGCCAGUAUAAUCUGCCACCAGGCAGCAGCAGCAUGAGCCGCUCCAACAGUAUCCCUGCCCAGGACUCCUUUGACCUGUACGGCGAAGGUCACCCACUGGGUGGCAGUGCAACCUCCCUGGAGGACAGACCGCGAGCCAUCAGCCGCUCUGGCUCCUUCAGAGACAGCACUGACGAAGUCCAUGGCUCUUCAUUGUCUCUGGUCUCCAGCACAUCAUCAUUGUACUCUGCGACGGAGGAAAAAGCCCACUCAGAGGGCCAAACAGUCCAAAAUUCCACGCAAAUCAGAAAGCUGCGCCGGGAGCUGGACGCCUCUCAGGAGAAGGUGGCGACCCUGACGUCUCAGCUGGCUGCCAACGCUCACCUGGUGGCAGCCUUCGAGAAGAGCCUGAGUAACAUGACCUGCCGCCUGCAGAGCCUCACCAUGACCGCUGAACAAAAGGAAUCUGAGUUGGUUGAGUUGAGGGAAACAAUAGAGACGCUGAAGACUCAGAACACAGAUGCUCAAACAGCUAUCCAGGUGGCACUAAAUGGCCCGGACCACCUCCACAAAGACCUGCGGAUUAGACGACAGCACUCAUCAGAAAGCAUGUCCAGUAUUAACAGCACAGCCAGUCACUCCAGCAUGGGCAGCUUGGGCAAGGACGCUGAAGACAAGAAGAAGAAGAAGAAGAGCUGGGUGGCUGAUUCCAUCCCAGCUCAGCUCCGCAGCUCCUUCAAGCAGGCGUUCAGCAAGAAGAAAACUAAAUCGCAGUCGGCUCAUGACGAGAUGGAGGAGAUGACUGACUCUCUGCCAUCCUCGCCCAAGCUGCAGCAUGACAACAGGCAAGGCAGCAUUGCCACGCUGCGUUCUUCACCCUCUACCACAGAACUGUGCGAAUGCACCGAGGCCGAGGCUGAAAUCAUCCUCCAGCUGAAGAAUGAGCUCAGGGAGAAAGAGCUCAAGUUGACAGACAUCCGCCUGGAGGCGCUUAGCUCGGCCCACCACCUGGACCAGAUCCGAGAGGCCAUGAAUCGCAUGCAGAAUGAGAUUGAGAUGCUGAAAGCGGAAAACGAUCGUCUCAAGUCCAGCGGUAACGCCACGCCAACAGCCACGCCAGUCAAGACAGCCCGUCCGCCCUCUGAGACCUCCAGCACCUCCUCGUCCUCCUCACGUCAAUCCUUGGGGUUAUCACUCAACAACCUCAACAUCACAGACACCAUCAUGUCAGACAUUCUGCUGGACGACAGCUACGAGGGCAAUCUGCGCAAAGAAGGCCGGAAUGUGCGGAUAGUGGUUACCAUCAGCAGUGGGCCAAAUACCACCAAGGGCACACAAAGCCAGGAGUACCUGAUUGGGUCUAUAGGUGUGAGUGGAAAAACCAAGUGGGACGUGCUGGAUGGAGUCAUUCGACGCCUCUUCAAAGAGUAUGUGUUUCGAGUGGAUCCUCUGACUAGUCUGGGUCUCAGCUCAGACAGCAUCGUCUGCUACAGGAUGGGUGAGGUGAUUCGCUCCCACACCUCCGAAGUGCCUGAGCUGCUGCCCUGCGGCUACCUGGUGGGCGACAACAAUGUCAUCAAGGUCAACCUGAAAGGUGUGAAGGAGAACAGCAUUGACAGCCUCGUGUUUGAUACGCUCAUCCCAAAGCCCAUCAUCCAGAGGUACCUCAACCUGUUGAUGGAGCACCGUCGGAUCAUCCUCUCAGGACCCAGCGGCACCGGUAAAUCCUUCCUGGCUGCCAAGCUGGCCGAGUACAUCAUUUCCCAGAUGGGGCAGGAGGUGACGGAGCACAACGUGGCCAGCUUCAAUGUGGACCAGAACUCCAGCAAGGACCUGCGUCAGUACCUGUCCAACCUGGCAGAGCAGUGUAACUCUGAGGAGACGGACACAGAGCUCCCCACUGUGGUCAUCCUGGACAACCUCCACCACAUCGGCUCCCUCAGCGACAUAUUCAACGGCUUCCUCAACUGCAAGUACCACAAAUGCCCGUAUGUCAUAGGAACCAUGAACCAGGGAGUGUCCUCCUCUCCUAACCUCGAGCUGCACCACAACUUCAGGUGGGUGCUGUGCACCAACCACACCGAGCCAGUCAAAGGUUUCCUGGGCCGAUUCCUGAGGCGGAAGCUGAUAGAGACGGAGAUCGAUAAGAACAUGCGCAGCAAUGACCUGAUUAAGAUCAUUGACUGGAUGCCCAAGACCUGGCAUCACCUCAACAGCUUCCUGGAGGCACACAGCUCCUCAGAUGUCACUAUAGGCCCUCGUCUCUUCCUGUCCUGUCCUAUGGAUGCAGAAGGUUCUCGGGUUUGGUUCACUGACCUGUGGAACUACUCCCUGGUGCCCUACCUGCUGGAGGCUGUCAGGGAAGGACUUCAGCUGUACGGCAAAAGAGCCGCAUGGGAGGAUCCAUCCAAGUGGGUGAACGAUACGUAUCCGUGGAAUGCUGCCUUCCUGCAGCAGGAGGGCCAGUCGCUGCUCCAGCUCAGGCCGGAGGACGUAGGAUACGACGGCUACAGCUCGUCCAAGGAGGGAGCCUCGUCCAAGCAGGUGUCUCAGAGCGACACCGAGGGAGAUCCGCUGAUGAACAUGCUGCUACGGCUGCAGGAGGCAGCUAACUACUCCAGCACGCAGAGCUGCGACAGCGACAGCACGAGUCACCAUGACGACCAGCUGGACUCCUCGCUGGAGUCAGCACUAUGAGACCCAGAGCUGCGCUGGCAUCACCCAGAACCCCCAGAACCUGGGCACCUUCGAACCCCCAUCACUAGCAGACACCCCUACAGCCCACAGAUGUAUUCUAUAUGAAAAGUUCUAUUAUCCAAAUGGUACACCCACCAUUUGACAGAAAAUGAAUAUUUUUACUUUAAUGAUGGUGCAAUAUUAAACCAAAUUAUUUUAUGUAUAAGGAGCAGUCGCCAACUUGGUCCUCAGAAAUGACAAACAGUGACAAGUUGGAUUACUUUACUGAGAUCAAAUCAUUUUUAGCGGAUGUAUAGCAUUUUAAGGAUACAACUUUUCAUAUAUGUAGGCGGGGUGUGUCUGAUACGGGACUUUAGUUCCUCUGAAGUUGACUUCCAAGGAGUGAAUCACGUUUUGUGCUCGGCCCUGAUGAGCCACAGUUCACGCCGUUAAUGUAACGUUGGAUCUCGAAAAGGAAGCCAAGAGUCUGACGUGACAAAACUGGAUUUUUUAUUUAGCCAGUUAUAUCUUCAGAUGUUUACAUUGGGGGGGGGGGGGCAGGUUCUGUUGUUUAUGUCUAUCCUUGUUUACAGAGGUGCUUCUCACAGACACAUACACUCAUAGAAAUGCACUUACACAGGCAGGAGGAGGAGGCUCUCCUUUAAUCGGAGACUUUUUAAUCGGUUCAGUCCCUCAGUUGAGUAACAAUCCAGCCUGCUAGAGUGCCAUCGAGCAAGGCAAUGUCUAGAGCAAGACCCCCCACAUACUGAGGGAGGCAAUGAGAGGAGGAUACUGCAGAGUUUUCAGGUGAUGUCACGCCCUCUGGUGCUCACAGUGAAUGUUUCAUCACAGAUCAUCAGAUUAAGCUCAUGUUUGCUGUAGUUUACUGAACUGACUCCUCACACGAGUAAAGUUUAAGGCUCAAGGAUACUUCUUUUUGCCUCACUGUUUACCACUGUAUCACCCUUUUUUUGCCAUCUGAUGGUUGAUUUACAUUUAUGAGGCCUUUGCAGCCCAACUAGGAUUCACAGUAUUCGAACUCACACACUCCUCCUGCCCUCAGCUCAGUGGUCAGUUGAGCCUCAUGGUGCUGGUCUCCUGCUCUGAACCUCCUCAGUGUCAGGCACUGCCAAGCCGCUCCUCGCUGCCCCUCAUGCCAACAACAAGCACAACGAAAGCGCAUUGUCUGUGUGUCAUCCAGCUACACUGCUACUGUGAAGAAAACAUGGAAAAGUGCCAAUGUUUCCCUUUGAUUCGACUGCCAAACGCGCACACCCACAGACUUUACAUCACAAUGCAGAGCUGACCACGGUUGUAGACUUAGAUUAAGUUGUUCCCGGCCAUCCACAUAACACAGCUUGCUGCCGUUCUUUAGCUUUGAACGCACCGUGAGAGCAGCAGGCGGCGCCCUCUGCGGCUCGUCACGGGGAUAGCCACAUUUCUUUUGGCAUUUAUUCCAAGCAGCACGGAGAGCCGCACAGUUUGGUGCAACAGGCAAAUUCAGAAGGUGACGGGAAAGCACCAAACGGACUCAAAGUGAAAUAAUAUUAAAGUGAGCAUUCAGAGACUUCCUGGCCCUUGAUAGACGCUCUAGUCCAGCAUCUGCAUCCAUCUGUGUCCAUGAGGUACCAAAAUCAAAAGUAUUGCCUCUUUAUACACGAUCAGCCAAAGAGCUGAAUAAGGGAACAAGGAUAUUGGUGCUUUCUCACUGCCUUAAAUGUGCAAAUGUUUUUGAAGCAUCCUCUGCUCCCAUUGAUUGAAGUGAGAAGAAGAGAUGCUAAUGUCAGAUGACGAUGAUGAUGAUCUGCUUCCUGCUACGUCAAAGAUGCUGCUUGUAGUCAGAAAAAACAGCCACUUUUUUUGUCCUCUUUCCCUCCUCCUCCCUCUAAAGCACCCUUUCUUCUUUCUGACAGUUAGAGUAUAACAGAGUUGAUGCUGUAUUUGAAUUUAAAACUGACCAAUAUCGUUAAAAAAAAAACAAAAAAAACCAAAACGGUUUAAACAUAAAUGGGGGUGGGGUAUUUUUUAGUUGUUAUUUUGCACCCAGUUGAGCUGGGCUCACUUGAACUGACAGGAGCACAACCAAACUGUUUAGGGUUUUCUAGCCUGAUGAGCAUGUUUUGAAGCUUUUUAAAGGGGAUGCAUUAAGAAGCGACCUUUACCUUUAUGUAUGCGUGUAUUGGACGGAAGCCAUUUUGAAUUUUGAUUGUCCUCUCUUUGUUUAUCGAGUGGGCUGGUUUUGCACACUUUGAGGUCGGGGUGGGUUGUAAAUACUUAAGUCUUGCACAGUGAAUCAAAGAUGCAUUCUGCCCUGUUGAUGUUACAAUAUGCUUAACCCGCUGAGUAAAUUAUUGUACUUUGAAAACAGAGAGAAAAAAAAAUGCAACAACUCUACACGCUGUCAGAAACAGGUGUGCGUCUUGUGGUGAUUGGAUGUUUUGCCAAUGCAGGAGGCAUACGGUGUACAGUAAGAAACAGUUUUUUAACUCACUAAAAAUCACAACCUGAGAACAAAAAAGAGGCACUUCUCCAGUAUUCCUCAUCCUGCCAUGAUUUCUCUGGACCCUCUCUGUCUUUAGGAAUGCCCGUUGUUCCUUAGAAGCACCUCCUCUCUGGACAUUCUGACCCGAGCUUACCGCCACGUUAGGCUUGUUAGCUGUUCCGAGGCACUGAAGCUGACCUGACACCGUACUGUAUACAUUUACCAACAAUCCUACAGGUGCUACUGGUCAAUUAAAACCCAUCAGAGACCAAGAAGUCAUGUUGUCACAACCUCAGGACAAUCCUCUCCUCUACAAUCCUACCUGUGUUCAGCUUCACACGUGUCUCAGCAGCCAAGCCUCUGAUGGUUCACACAGAUUUCCGGCCACCCCGCGUCUGCAAGGGUGUGUAGUUGCAUGCCAAGGGGGUAGUUACCGUGGUUACAGGUCGCUCCUCACCUAGACCCAUGUAUCAAACUUAUCUACACUCCUGUUGUAGGCCAUUAGUCCCCAAGCUAGCCGAGCUUUGACACCGUUAACAGUGUACACCAUAGUGUUGAUGAUCAACUGGUAAUUUUUCCCACUUACACUUUGCAGUUACAUCUCAGUUGAAAACCAUAGCAUUUACUCUGGUUUGAGAGAAAGUUUUUCUUCUUUUUGGGUGAAACAUUUGUCCUUAAAUGUUUUAUAUUUUGUACAUUUGUAUGUAACAUAUCAUGUAAAUAGACAGAGACAGUGAUUUAACUCAUCUGGAGGAUUUUGUAGUCUUUGUAAAGCCCUAAUAAAUGGUAUUUGGUGUCACACAAGCAAAUGA